AUGUUUUUUACGAAAAUAUCUAGUCUAAUUCUUAUAUGUGGCUUAAUUCACUACUCUCAGCCGUUUUAUUUGCCUGGAUUAGCUCCUCAAAAUUACUGCAAAAAGUCUGAAAGUUCAAAAUCAUGCAAGUCGGAAGUGACAUUGUAUGUGAACCGCUUAAAUACCGAGGAGUCUGUAAUUCCUUAUGAAUAUCAUCAUUUUGAUUUUUGCACGACUGAUGAAUCAAACUCACCUGUCGAGAAUUUAGGACAAGUAAUUUUUGGAGAACGAAUUCGUCCAUCUCCAUAUAAAAUAAACUUUAUGGAAAAUACAACGUGUCAGGUGUUGUGUAAGAAGCAGUAUGUAGGUGGACAAGCUGACAGUGAGCGACGUCUAAUGAUAAUGAAGAAAGGAAUGAGCUUAAAUUAUCAACAUCAUUGGAUUAUUGAUAAUAUGCCAGUUACGUGGUGCUAUCCACUUCAAAAUGAUCGUCAAUAUUGUUCAACUGGCUUCAGUAUGGGAUGUUUAGUGAGAAACUCAAAGAAUCCCGAUGUUGAGGAGAGCUGUGCAUUAAAUCCAGCUUAUAAUCGUCCUGGAACUUACUAUCCAUUCAAUCAUGUUGAUUUACUUAUAACUUAUCAUAGCGGUGCCACAGAAGAUUGGGGAAAUACAUUCAAACAGAACGGUGGACGUAUUAUUUCUGUAAAAGUCACGCCCUCAUCAAUUCGUCAUGAUGUAAAUGCUCCCGAUUGCAAUAGUCAACAACCUCUUGAAAUUCCAGCAGCACCUUUAGAACAAGGAAAGACAGUAGACGUCCUUUAUACAUAUUCAGUCAAAUUCGUGCAAAAUAAUACGAUUAAAUGGAGCAGUCGAUGGGAUUAUAUCCUUGAAUCUAUGCCCCAUACAAAUAUUCAAUGGUUUAGUAUCUUAAACUCUCUCGUCAUCGUUCUAUUUCUUUCGGGAAUGGUUGCAAUGAUUAUGCUGAGAACUCUCCAUAAAGAUAUUGCAAGAUAUAAUCAAAUGGAUUCAGGAGAGGAUGCACAAGAAGAAUUCGGCUGGAAACUCGUUCAUGGAGAUGUUUUCCGUAGUCCAAGAAAGGGAAUGCUUCUCGCUGUAUUGCUCGGUUCCGGUGUUCAAGUUUUCUGUAUGUCCCUCAUCACACUUGCCUUCGCAUGCUUGGGAUUCUUGUCGCCAGCAAAUCGUGGAGCUUUAAUGACAUGCGCUAUGGUUUUAUUUGUUCUUCUCGGAACUCCAGCCGGCUAUGUGUCAGCUAGAAUUUACAAGAGCUUUGGGGGAAUCAAAUGGAAGAGUAAUGUCCUCUUAACAGCAAUGUUUAGCCCUGGAAUGGUCUUUGGCUUGUUCUUCGUCAUGAAUCUUGUAUUAUGGCAUGAAGAUUCAUCAGGUGCAGUUCCAUUCUCAACACUCGUAGCUAUUUUAGCAUUAUGGUUCGGUGUUUCUGUUCCAUUGACAUUUGUUGGUGCAUAUUUCGGUUUCCGUAAGCGAAGCUUAGAACAUCCAGUGAGAACAAAUCAAAUACCAAGGCAGAUUCCCGAUCAAUCGAUUUAUACACAGCCAAUUCCUGGAAUUAUCAUGGGUGGUGUUUUACCAUUCGGGUGCAUCUUUAUCCAGCUAUUUUUCAUCUUAAAUUCAUUGUGGAGUAAUCAGAUGUACUACAUGUUUGGAUUCCUCUUCCUCGUGUUCCUCAUAUUGGUCAUCACAUGCUCAGAGACCACGAUUCUCUUAUGUUACUUCCACCUGUGUGCUGAAGACUAUCAUUGGUGGUGGCGAAGUUUCCUUACAAGUGGAUUUACAGCCGUCUAUUUAUUCAUUUAUUGCUGUCACUAUUUCGCCACAAAACUUCAAAUUAAUGACGCAGCAAGUACAUUCUUGUACUUUGGCUAUACGCUCAUUAUGGUGUUCCUUUUCUUCCUCCUGACUGGAUCUAUUGGAUUCUUUGCAUGUUUCUGGUUCAUUAGAAAAAUAUACAGUGUCGUCAAAGUCGAUUAA